AUGGACGAAGAUCAAUGGGCAUAUUACAGUACGAUGUCCGAAGAAGUUGAUAUGGAUUUUCAAGAUGAACAAGAUUGUGGUGUGAAUGAAGGACAUGUCUUUGCAACCCGAGAAGAUGUUUUGCAGUGGGCUCGAACGGUUGCCCAUGAAAACGGUUUUGUUGCAAUAAUUAUGAGGAAGAAAGAAUUUGUUAGAAGAGACACUGGCACUAGAAAAUGUGGUUGUCCCUUUAAGAUUCGUGGAAAACCAGUGCAUGGAGGUGAAGGUUGGAUGGUGAAGUUGAUAUGUGGGAUUCACAACCAUGAAUUGACGAAGACCUUAGUUGGACAUCCAUAUGCUGGGAGAUUGACAGAUGAUGAGAAGAAUAUCAUUGCUGAUAUGACGAAGUCGAAUGUGAAACCAAGAAACAUCCUGCUAACGUUGAAGAAGUACAACUCCAACAAUAGUACCUACAAAACAAAUAGGUACAAGUUCCCAUUUCUUGACUUUGUGGGGGUGACACCAACCGGGAUGAAUUUCUCUGCUGGGUUUGCAUAUCUGGAGGGUGAGUGCAUGAACAAUCUUGUAUGGGCAUUGGAACGGUUUCACAUAGAUAAGAAUGUGAAGGCAAAAUGCAAAUCGCUAAUUGGUCAAAAGAAUGCAUGGGACUACGUAAUGGAUAGCUGGGGUAAUCUGGUAGAUUGUCCUUCGGAGCAGGAGUUCCCUGAGCACCUUCAAAGGGUUGAAUCUACUCAUUGGUCUCUGAAAAGGGUAUUACAGAAUAGCGUUGAAGACCUCUGUAGUGUUUGGGAUGCAAUGAACAACAUGAUGACGCUGCAGCACACUAAAAUUAGAGCAUCAUUCGAAACAAGUACGCAUGUCGUUGGUCAUGUUUUUAAGAAAACCUUAUACAAGAGGCUUCUGGGAAUGGUCUCAAGGUACGCUUUAAAUGAAAUUUCGGUUGAGUUUGAGCACGUACGUCAUUUUAAAGACAAUUCGUCUUCUUGUGGUUGUGUCUUGAGAACCAUGCUAGGUCUUCCUUGUGCAUGCGAGCUACAAAGGUAUGAUGGUGGCAGCAUCCCACUGGAUGCAGUCCAUAUGUACUGGAGGAGACUUAGUUUUUCAGACCAGGGGCUAUGUGAGGCCGAAGUGAGCAUCAAGGAAGAGAUGGAUAGAAUAUAUAAAAGAUUCGAGGAACUUGAUGUUUGCGGGAAAGUUACUUUCAAGAGUAAACUCCGAGAAUUCGCAUUUCCCGAUGAGACCUCUAUGUGUCCUCCUCCGCCAAAGGUUAAGACGAAAGGUGCCCCGAAGAAAGUAAUGAAAAGAAGCGAAAGAUCGACAAAGCGUGAUCCAUCUUAUUGGGAGUAUGUUGAUGCUUAUCAUUCGGUUCAAAACAGCAACACCUCAGUCAGACUCAGUGCAUCAUCUUUUGAACCACCGAAGCUAGCAAGGAUGAUCCCGACGUUGGAUCAAUUUGCGCCAUUUAUGCAUGGUUUCAUUGAGGACGUUGUUGAUGUGAAAGCGGAUGGUAAUUAUGGAUAUCAGUCAGUUUUCGCUUUGUUAGGUAUGGGAGAAGAGUGUUGGGCCGUGAUGCGUAACGAAUUGAUUAAAGAACUUGGCAAAUGGUCGCAAGACUACAUAAAGAUCUUUGGUGGCACGGAGAGAUUUGAACAGCUGAGGUUGUCCCUACACGUGGAUGGGUUAUCCAAGGUUAGUGUGGACAAAUGGAUGGAUAUAACGGAUAUGGAAUAUGUAAUUGUGUCAAGAUAUAAUGUAGUCCUUGCAUCGUUGUCACGACAACAGAGCUUCACAUUUUCCCCUCUCAGAAGUCAACCACCGAUCCAUUGA